CGGUCCUGCCACAAAAAUUCUUUUGAUCGUACGAGGAGUGUCGAACGACGACAGGUACAAAUUAUCUUCACCCCACUCCUCGGCCUCUUUCCUCUUCCAUCUCAUUCUUGAACAAGAAAAUGGGUGCACUAGCUUGGUUCACUCUUCUUCUCACGCACCCUUUGGAAUUUCGCACUCUUUUGCAAUACUCGCUUUAUCACGAGCAAAAACGAGAUAUAACGGCCAAACAGGAACAUGAAGCCUCCGGUUGGGACAGGGCGACAAUGAGGAGAUGCUGGGACUUCUUGGACAUCACAAGUCGAAGCUUUAGUGCAGUUAUUAAAGAGUUGGACGGGGAUUUGGCCAGAGUAGUGUGCUUAUUUUACCUCGUGCUUCGAGGCUUAGAUACCAUUGAAGAUGAUAUGACGAUUUCCGACGAAAAAAAACAGCCCUUGAUGCGCCAGUUCCAUAAACUCACCGUCAAGCAAGGAUGGACAUUCACGGAAAAUGGUCCGAAUGAGAAAGACCGUCAACUACUCGUAGAAUAUCAUAACGUGGUCGAUGAACUCAAUCUGCUUCCCAGACACUAUCGAGAUGUGAUUUUAUCAAUGGCGGAAAAAAUGGCUAUGGGGAUGGCCGAUUACGCGCAUAAAGCAGCUACAACGUCUUCAAUCUACUUGGAAACCGUAGAUGACUACAAUCUCUACUGUCACUACGUGGCCGGGCUUGUCGGCGAGGGUCUUUCUGGCUUAUUUUCGGCCUCAACAAAAGAGGCCGAAUGGCUCGCCGGUCAAUUGGAGCUUUCCAAUUCUAUGGGCCUCCUCCUCCAAAAAACCAACAUCAUACGUGACUACCGAGAAGACGUCGAUGAAAAACGGUUCUUUUGGCCACGGGAAAUAUGGGGUAAGAAGGAGUACGGUUUCACAGAAAUGUCAGAAAUGUAUCAGCUUGAGAAAGCUGAGAACGCACAAUGGGUGCAAAGCGAGAUGAUACUAGAUGCGAUGGGACAUUUGACGGACGCUCUGGACUACCUGAAGUUACUCAAGAACCAAAGCGUAUUUAACUUCUGUGCCAUCCCGGCGACCAUGGCCAUCGCAACGCUAGAAUUGUGCUUCAUGAAUCCAGAGUUGUUCCAGAGGAACAUCAAAAUUAGGAAGGCACAAGCCGCAUCGUUAAUCAUGGGCUCCACCAACAGUCGAGAGGUUUCCCACAUCUUCCGCACUUAUUGCCGCAAGAUCCAUGCUCGUGCUAGUACUGCUGAUCCCAACUUCCUUCGAAUAUCAGUUGCCUGCGGGAAGAUUGAACAAUGGUGCGAAGUACAUUAUCCUUCAUUUGUGUUGUUGCCUUCCUCUUCCGGUCAAGCCGUUUCCUUUGACCCAGAAGACGCGCGGACCAAGGUCAUGCAAAUCGACCAGAAGAUCGAUUCGGAUCUCAGGAUGAGGAAGAGGAUCGAGGAUAUUCGGGAAAAAUACGGAAAGAGUCGGGAAGAGGCAACUGCUGUGGUCGAAGAUGAGGGUCGGUUCCCCUACGACAUCUUACUCUACGCUGGAGGGCUCCUACUCGUUGUUAUUCUAUUGAUUAUCGGUGUUGUUUGGUUGGUGUUGAGGUUUUCCGACUAGCGGAGAGCACAGUCGAUAUAUACGUUAUUGUUAUUAUCUUAAAUCUCUUGUGGAUAGUUACCUUCAUUUCACGAUCUAAUUUUCAUGGAGAUGGCAUCGGCAUGGG